AUGUUUGGCCUCGGGUCUCUCUCCGUGCAGGUGGUGGAGAGCUGCGUGGCGGCGGCGGGGUACAGCGUGGGGGAGUUCGCGGCGCUGGUCUUCGCUGGAGCCCUGGGCUUUGCCGAAGCGCUGUACGCGGUGAAAGUGCGUGCCGAAGCCAUGCAAAAGGCGUCGGAAGCUGUCCCCAGUGGAAUGCUAUCAGUUAUCGGUCGGCGAGAGGCAAAUUUCAAAUUUGCCUGCUUGGAAGCCCGUAAACACUGUGAAUCGCUGGGUAUAGAAAACCCCGUAUGUGAAAUUUCAAACUAUUUGUUUCCAGACAGCAGAGUCAUUGCAGGACACUUACAGGCUUUGGAGUUUUUGCAGGAGAAUGCCCGAAAAUAUUAUUUUACACGUACAAAAAUGCUUCCAGUCAGUGGGGCUUUUCAUACCAGACUUAUGGAACCAGCAGUAGAGCCACUGGCUGAAGUCCUAAAAUCGAUUGAGAUUCAGAAACCACUGGUCUGUGUCUAUUCCAAUGUUGAUGGCAAAAAGUACAUGCACUCAAAGCACAUUCAGAAGCUGUUAGUGAAGCAGGUGGUUUCACCUGUUAUGUGGGAACAGACCAUGCAUUCUGUAUACGAAAGAAAGCAAGGAACAGAAUUUCCUUACACGUACGAAGUGGGGCCUGGGAAGCAACUAGGAGCCGUUCUCAAAAAAUGUAAUUUAAAGGCCUGGAAACAAUAUAACCAUGUAGAUGCUCUGGAAGAUGAGGAAGCAGCAGACACCUAAGUAGCCUUUUGAGAAAAAUCCAUGCAACUUGUUUUUUCUGCCUAAUUUAAAAAUAACUUUGUGCUCCCAAAAGAGGAAGUCUUAAACAUUCAUGGCUUCUCAUGAUGCAAAGAGCACCGUGCGCGUAAUCGCAAUGAACGUUUUCCUUCCCCGUGUGCCUCAGGUGUGGAAGGGGAGAGCAAAGUCUGGCUCUUCUGCCUGUGUCAGGACUGCAAAACUGCCAAUAAACACGCCAAAUAGCCGCCUGUUUGGCCUCAAUCCUGCAAGCAACUUCCCUUCUCUUUUUUCUUUUUUUUUUUCUUUUUUUAAAUUUUUGGGGGGGUGUGUGGAUCCAAGUUAAAGUCAGUAGCUUUGCCUGUCUGGUGCAGAGAUCUUCUGCAUGGGUACGGGGGUAGAACUGGGCUGUUGGAUCUGGGCUGUGGAGGGCUCUGCGCUGGGCUCGAGGGUGCGUUUAGAGGAGCCAUCCGGUUGGUACGGCUUUCGGUACGUUCGUGUUCCUGUUCUCUAACUCAACAGUUGUGGGAAGUUCGUCUGUGUAAAGUUCUUUUAUUUUGUGUCCGUGUUGCUGGGUGGCAGCCGGGUAAGGCAGAAGAUGUUAUUAGGAACAUGAUUUUCUUAAGGUUAAACUAUAAAUAAACUAUAAAGCUUUU